CCCGUCAGCAACCUCCAACAUCCCACUAUGCACCGCGCUUUGGGCUUCCUGCAUGAAAGAGAUUUUGAGAGCAAGCAAAAAGCAGUCCAAGCGUUGACAAUAGUGAGACUGCCGACAGACCAGGAUGGCUGAAAUUGAUGCGAAGAUCAAGAACUACAGGACAGCACCGUUUGAUGCUCGCUUUCCCAACACCAACCAGACCCGCAACUGCUUUCAGAACUAUCUGGACUUCCAUAGGUGCAGCAAGGCUUUGUCAGCCAAGGGCCAGGAUGUGUCUCCCUGUGACUGGUACCAGAGGGUCUAUAAGAGCCUGUGUCCUCUGAGCUGGGUUUCCAAGUGGGAUGACCAGAUAGAGGCUGGAAGCUUUCCUGGGAAGAUCUAAAACCGCCAACCUCUGAAUUUGACUGUAUAAUUUUCCUCUUUGGGACAUUGAUAGCCAAACUCCAAUGUGGACCCCUGUAGUGUGCCUAAGGACAUUUGUUGAGCAUGUGCCACACUCUUCUUAAAGCUUUUUACAAUACUUAUAUUAACAUGAAAUUAAAACAUGCACAAGUUAAAAACCUGUUCCCCUGAAUGUCUGGUGGUGGUAAAUUGAAUGUGUUGAAAUUAUAACCCAUUCUAUAGCUGGUUUUUUGACCUUGGUUUACAACCGGGCAUGUUUGAGUUUUAACAGUUUUGUAUUUUGGGUUGUGGUUUGUCAUUAGAGAUGCUGUCCAAAAAUAGAGAAUUGCAAUCUGAUAUUUUAUUGUUGGGCUUCCUCAAAAAAAGUAAGGGAAUGUUUAAAUCACGCAUUGUGUCUCGAUGAAGGAAAUAUAAUAAAGAUCAAAAUCUUUACUGUA